CUUUGAGCACCAUUUGCUGUGCAGUCGCUCAGUGUUGUGAAGCAACGCUGUUUAUAGCCUCUGUCUCAAAGUUCACAGACUCACAUGAGAGACUCCUGUCACAUCCAUUUCAGGAUGUGGGUUUGUAAUCGUUCAAAGGGGUGUGAUGUGAACAUUUUAAGUUGUGUUUGGUCAAGGAGUCGGGUUUUGUGUGAAGGUAGCUUGCUAGGAGCUAUAGUGACCUUGGGACUUCUUACUGAGGGCAGAGCAGAAUUCCUGAAGGGACACAUGGUCUAGAGUGACAAGGCCAUCUGCUGUAGCGCCAGCACUGGCAGGAAGGUGGAGGGGGUUGGACACUGGGGCGCUGAGAAUUCCUUUCACUGGGGUGUGGAGGGAGUAGAUAUUCUGGGAUAUCACAGCUCGCUCUGCACUGGGAAACGUGUUUCUUUGGCGUUUUUCAAGCGGAAAUCAGAGGGGAACUUAUGAACACUUAAUGGUGAGAGGGGAUCAUUGUGAGGUUAAAUGGGGAAGAUAUUUUCCUGACCCUCUAACUCUCCACAAAAGUGAUUGGUGAUAAUGGUCUCGGUGUGUUGCUCUUUUACUGCGGCGGCUCCAGUUUCCUCUCCAUCUCAGCACAGCCGGAGCUGAGAGAGCUGGAUCUGGCAGGCCUUCUGGCACCGGCCUCUCAGAGGAUCAUCUUCAGGGGGUCGUCUUUGGAGACGUAUUGUGCAUGGCAAGGAUUUACUCUCUUGCUACCUCACCAGAGUUGCACCACCUAAACGAAUGAAUAUUUUUAUGAGGCACCUUGUACCAGAGAUGGGCCAGGACCAAACCAAGCAGCAGAUAGAGAAGGGUCUGAAGCUAUAUCAGUCCAAUGAGACAGAGAAAGCCCUGCAGGUGUGGACAAAAGUGUUGGAGAAGACUUCAGAUCCUGGAGGGAAGUUCCGGGUUUUGGGGUGCCUGAUCACAGCUCACUCUGAAAUGGGAAAAUAUAAAGAGAUGCUCAAGUAUGCCCUAGCUCAAAUUGACACAGCCAGAGAAAUGGAGGACCCCGACUACCUGACAGAGGGCUACCUGAACUUGGCACGCAGCAACGAGAAACUGUGUGAAUUCCAUAAAACAAUUUCCGACUGUAAGACCUGCCUAAACAUGCAGGGUACCACGGUUAGCCUGCAACUCAAUGGCCAGGUAUGUCUUAGCAUGGGCAACGCCUUCCUGGGCCUCAGUGUCUUCCAGAAAGCUUUGGAGAGCUAUGAGAAGGCCCUCCGCUACGCACACAACAAUGAUGACAAGAUGCUGGAGUGCAGAGUCUGCUGCAGUCUGGGAAACAUCUAUAUCCAGCUUAAGGACUAUGAGAAAGCCCUGUUCUUCCCCUGCAAAGCAGCUGAGCUGGUCAAUGACUAUGGUAAGAGCUGGAGCCUCAAGUACCGCGCCAUGAGCCAGUACCACAUGUCUGUGGCCUACAGGAAACUGGAGCGCCUGCCUGACGCCAUGGAAUGCUGUGAGGAAUCCAUGAAAAUUGCGCUGCAGCAUGGCGACCGUCCUCUGCAGGCACUGUGCUUACUAAACUUUGCAGAUAUUCACCGCUGCAGGAACGACAUUGAGAAAGCAUUCCCUCGCUAUGAGUCUGCAAUGUGCAUUAUGACGGAGAUUGGAAAUCGUCUUGGACAGGCACAGAUCUUCCUGGGAGUUGCAAAGUGCUGGCUUUUGCAUAAAGAUUAUCCCAAGGCACUUGAAUCUUUGCAACGAGCAGAGGAGUUGGCUGAGGGAAUAGGAAACAAGCUGUGCAUGCUGAAGGUGCAUUGUCUGAGUGAGGGGAUUUUCCGAAGUCUGGGGCAGCAGGAGGAGCUUAGAGAGCAGGUGGUGAAGUUCCUGCAGUGUGUUGAGGAGCUGGAGCUCUACUGUGGCAUGUGUGGAGAGUCCAUCGGCGAGAAGGACCAACAGCUACAGGCCUUGCCCUGUUCACACAUUUUCCACCUCAAGUGCCUGCAGACAAACGGGACAAAGGGUUGUCCCAAAUGCUGUCGGUCCUCCAUGAAGCCUGGAUUUGUGUGAUUAUACGACUGCGUUCAUGAGUUGGAUCUGCAGAACACAGACACUCCAACCUCAGCUACAUGGGCUCCUGACUGAACAAAGAGAAGCAGGUUGCCUUUGGGUGUGCUGACUCAACACGAGGAGUGCUAAUUCCCUGCUCUGUGCAGAGGAUGUUCAACACAGCCAAGUGGCCCAGGCUCUGAGGACAGAAUCCAGACACCCAUGUCUUUACUGGUGAUCUACACAUGUCCACCUGUAAGUGAGGCCGAUCUGGCAGCAUUGCAUUUCGGUACAAGCUGAAGAGGAAAUCCUACACUGAUUCUGUUGAGUGGCCAUUUAUUUUAGAAUACUCUUAAGAAGAAGUAUGGAGCAGUCCAAAGAAAAUGUAUGACUUUGACUGUUUGCUCUAAUAUGCAUUACAAUUGUAGUGGAAGCGUGAAAGGGAAGUAAUUUAUAAAGAACUUAUUGUUUAACCUUCAGUGACUCAGUGAUAUCUGAAUAUUCACAGGAUUUGUUGUUGAAAGUUCAUACUUGCUUUUGCCACAUGUCCAAUUAUGACCAGAUACAUAUUAUGGAUUUUCUAACACUGUACAAUUUCUGAGGUUCGUUACCAAACAGUGCUCUCUGUUACUGUUUGACCACAUUGUGUCAUUUCAUGGUAGAGAACAUACAUUAUUACUGCUGCCAUUAAGGAAUUUAAUUGAUUUUAGACACGGUGUAUUUAUUAUUAUAUUCAUGUACAUACUGUUUUAAAGUUAAUUUGUUUAAGAGUGGCAUAUUUGACGUAUUUUGUAAAAGCCUAAAACUAACUAAAACCUCUUAACAAAUCCAAACUAGUAUGUCUUUACUAAGCAGGUGUAUGCAGCUCUUUUUCCUUAUUCUUUGAGAUUAAGGAACAGAAUCAACACACAUUGUGUUAUUCAUAUUAAUUCCUAUUCUGUCCAGCGUUUGUUUCUGGAGAUGUGUUCCUCUUAAGUUUAACAUUAACAGAGGGUUUGCUGCAGUCUAAGUUGAAAGAUUUCUGAGAAGGGAAACCUUGCAUAAUAUUGGGGAAAAAACGUAUUUGACCAAUUAUUUACAUGUCAAAUAAUUAAUUGGAAGAAAAACUCACUGCUAUGUAUAACUGUUUUAUUUGAAUAUUUGUAGCAUAUGUAAAUAUGACUUGAUUGGUAAAAUCUCAAUUGUCAAAUUGAGAUCUUUUUCUUUUGUGAAAUGGUGGCAUUGUAAUUUCAAUGUGACUUCAAGGGAAGUAGUAAGAUUUAACAGAAAACAGUACUCAGCUACCAUUUCAAUUGUUUUUACAUUUUUUAUUUGCAAAGCUGAGCGGGUCAGCAGGAUGAAUACAUCAAUCUCUGUUGAUGUUUCAAAAUAACUAUGAAUAUUUACUUAUUUCAAAAUAAUUAUGAUAUUUCUUAAUAUUCAGUGCCUUUUCCCCAUUGAGAUGUCCUUAUUUUAUUUUACUCUUGUUUUGAUUGUGAUCAACAAGCCUUAUCAAUCAAAAUUAGAAUUGGUAGUUGAUUUGACCUUAGAAGGAGUUUGACAAAUAGAUUUUCCUCAAAAACUGUAGUUGCUUUUACUAAAUUGCUUUUUAAGGAGCAUGUGGUGUCCUUGUGUAGUAUAGUGUUAUACUUUAAAAUGUUUCUUAGGUUGAUGCGUUUUUGAUGGUGAAAACAGGUUAAAUGCUUGGUACUACAAGAACAAAAACAUUUCAGCAGAUACUGUCAUGUAAUUAUUUCCCAGCUCAGAGAGGUGAAGUACUUAUUUUAUCACACACAACUGUAACACAAGUUCUUCAGGAGCAUGAGGAGAGACACUGCUGCAAAAUGUUUUCCUCUAUCCAUACAUGACUAUACUGAAAGGCUGACAGUAUGAACAGAGAGACCAAGACAUUUUUUACUGCACAAGCACUUACAUUUUUCAUCACUGAGUCACUUCACCUCUGAACAGCCCUUGAAAGCAAAACAUUAUGACUUAAAUUCAUGGUCUAUUUACCCCCAUUGUGUUCAGUGUAAAACUCACGUACUGAUAACUCCUUAACUUUCAUUUACGUUCUGAUACAAUUUACCACACCUUGCAUCCUGAUCUGUUUGCAGCUGCUGACAGAACCGCUCAUUUGAAUGGUUUAAACUACCUCUGAUGUUUUUCCUCCAAUCCAUGCCCUCUUCAAACGAUUAAUGCAGCAAAAGUACAAAAUUUAAGUAUGCUUACUAUUGCAAUGUUUUUGUAGAUAUGUUCAUUUAAUUAUUACUGAUUUAGACGGACUGACUGAAAUGCAUUGUUAAUAUUACUUAUGCAUAAGUCAAGCCAUUUUACCAUGUGUUAAAUAUGAAAUAAUUUUGCCAUAUAAUAAAGUGCACUGAA